AUGAGAAACCAUUCAGUAACAACAUUCAUUCUCCUGGGACUAACAGAUGAUCCACAACUUCAGGGUCUGCUUCUAAUUUUUCUAUUUUUUACCUACUUAUUGAGUGUAACUGGAAACCUGGUUAUUGUCUCACUUACAUUAGUGGAUUCUCACCUUAAAACGCCAAUGUACUUUUUCCUGCAAAAUUUUUCCUGCUUAGAGAUCUUAUUCACAUCGGCUUGUGUUCCUAGAUACUUAUAUAACCUAUCAACAGGUGACAAGACUAUUACCUACUGUGCUUGUGCCAUUCAAGCAUUUUUCACUGAUCUUUUUGGAGUAAUUGAAUUUUUUCUCCUGGCCACCAUGUCCUAUGACCGCUACGUGGCCAUCUGCAAACCCCUGCAUUACACCACCCUCAUGAGCAGCAGAGUCUGCAGAAGACUCAUUGUUUGUUGUUGGAUGGCUGGCUUGGUAAUCAUACUCCCACCAUUUAGCUUGAGCCAAAAUCUGGACUUCUGUGACUCUAAUGUCAUUGAUGGCUUUCUCUGUGAUGUAUCUCCCUUCCUGAAGAUUUCAUGCUCAGACACGUGGGUUGUUGAGCAGAUGGUUACAGUCUGUGCUGUGUUGACCUUCAUCACAACCCUUCUUUGUGUCGUUCUCUCCUACAUGUACAUAAUCAAGACUAUUAUAAGAUUCCCUUCUGCUCAGCAAAGGAAAAAAGCCUUUUCUACCUGUUCUUCUCACAUGAUUGUGGUUUCUAUCACCUAUGGCAGCUGUAUCUUCAUCUAUGUCAAACCUUCAGCAAAAGAAUCAGCAGCUAUUAACAAAGGUAUAGCUGUCCUCACUACUUCCAUCGCUCCUGUGUUGAACCCCUUCAUUUACACCUUGAGAAACAAGCAAGUAAAACAAGCAUUUAAGGCCUCAAUCAAAAGAACUGUCUUAUCUUAUAAGAAGUAA